AUGGAUUCAUUUGAAAUCAGAAGGGUGGAGGAAAAGAUGGAGAAGCUGUAUGAUAGCAUGGUGGUGCAGAUGCCGUUGGAAGGGAUUAAGAAGCAUCCAUUUGAUUGGUUUAGGCAGGACAUUGAUAGAGUGGUGACGGUGAUUGAAGAGGUGAUUUCUGAUUUUGAAUGUAGAAGAAGACGCGCUGAAGAAGAGAUUAGAAUGAGUGUGGACCUAUUGAACAAGGAAUGCGUACUUAUGGAAUGUGUAGAGCCACAAAUGCCGAAUUUGUGUAAUCUGGAGCUAAUGAAGGCAUAUGUGGAGAAUGAGAUAGGAAGAGUGGCAAUAGUACGUAGAGGAGUUAAUGAAAAGAUGGAACGGGUGAUGGACGAGAUUAAGGAAAUACUUGAUGAGGUUCCUGAUAUUGAGUUUCAGGCGAUUGUGUGUAUGAAUGGAGAAGGAGAGUAUUUUGGAAAGAUGGAAAGAAAAGACGAGGAGUAUGUUGGAGAAGUUUCUUUACAGCGUUUGAGAGAGUUAGAAGCAAAUAGAGACAUGUUGAAGAGUGAGAAGGAAAGAAGAGAAAAGAAAAGGAAUAGGUUGUAUGGAGAGCUGUGUGUAUUUUUGUCAAGAUUGAGUGUGACGGAUCUUGAGGUACGAAUUGAUCAGAAGAUUUUUGUGCUUGAAGAGCUACAUAAGAAGUAUAACAAGGAGGUUGAGAUGAGAAUAAGCAAGGUUGUAAUGCUUGAGGAGCAAAUAAGGAGGAAAGAGGUCCGUCUGGAUGUUGAUUGUAAAGAGGUGGCUAUGAACUUGAGUGAAGAAAACAUUACAAGGCUUGAAGAGUAUAAUGAAUAUCUUGGAGAAGAGCAACGAAGACGAUUAGAUGAGAUAUAUGAAAAGAAGAAGGAUGUGUUGAAGAGCCUUUUUGAGAUGUUUGGGAUGAAUAUUAUAGAUUACGAGAGGACUGAAGAGGGAGUGGAAGAGAUGACAAAGAUUAUUGGGGAGCUUGAGAGUAAGAAAGAGCUUUUUGUAUUGAUAAAGUCACUGAUUGACAAGAGGUCUGAGCUUGUGGACAGAAUGAAUGAGUUUGAAAAGGAAGCGUCUGAUCCACGAAGGUUAUUUAGAUCAUCAUUUCAACUGAUAAAUGAAGAGAAGUUCCGAAACAGUGCUUAUCCUAACCUUAUAAAGAUUGAGGAGAUGAUACUUAAGAGCAUCGAUGAGUAUGAGGAGCAAUUUGGGGAAUUUAUAUGUGGAGGAGUAGGAUAUAAAGAAUGCCUUAAGCACGAGAUAGAUAACAGGAUAGUUAAUAAGACGGUGUUUAUCAACAGGUUUGAUUCGCCUAGCAAAAGGAGGAAGUAG